AUGGUUAGAGGAAUGAUGGGUUGGGGAGCUAAUUCUGAUGAACAAGGAUGGAGGAAAGGACCUUGGACUCCUGAAGAGGAUAAGCUUCUCUCUGAGUACGUUAACUUGCAUGGUGAGGGGAGAUGGAGUUCUGUAUCUCGUUGUGCAGGACUGAACAGGACUGGGAAGAGUUGUAGACUAAGAUGGGUGAACUACUUGAGGCCUGGACUUAAAAGAGGUCACAUAACACCUCAAGAGGAAGGCAUUAUUAUUGAAUUACAUGCUUUGUGGGGCAACAAAUGGUCAACAAUAGCACGUUACUUGCCUGGAAGGACAGAUAACGAGAUAAAAAAUUACUGGAGAACACAUUUCAAGUCGAAAGUAGUAAAGCAAGAUAAGAAAAAAAUUAUGAGGCAGAUGAGAAACCAUCCACAACAAAAUUACACCAGGACGGAUAAAAAGAUCAUGUCAUCUGAAGCAGAAGAAGUGAUCAUGAUCAAGAGCGACGACGAUAACAUGUUUAUUAGUAGUACUAAUAAUUAUGAUGAGGAUCCGGUUGUGGAGUUGCCACCUGCAGUGACGACUUCUUCAGACACAUCGUAUACAUGGACGGAGACUUUUCCAAUGGAUGGAUUAUGGGGAGGAUUAUGGAACAUAGAUGAUGAGUUCAAGGUGGCAAUUCAAAAUCAACCAGCUACUGCUAAUUGUUCUUAUGCAGUUAACUUAUAUAAUGGAGGUUUUAUUUUCUGA